CGCAUUCUUCGCAGCCUUCGCAGUGCGCGGUGCCGACGGGUGCCGUUUUUCAGUAGCGAGCGUCGCGAGCAAAUGGUCGCAUCGUGCGCUGGCGUGUUGUUCUGUGUGCCUGCGAGUGCCUGUGACUGCUGCGUGUGGCGGAGACGGCUGCGUGCGGCCAGCGGCUGUUGGUGGUGUGCGUGCGUGCGUCGCGAUGUCGCUGGAGACGCGCUCCAGUUCGGCCCUCUUCAAAAGGGCCGAGCAGCUGAGACAAUGGGAAGAGUCGGCGACGAAUCGUGAGCCGGUGAACGGCGCGCAUCGUUCGCGUAAGAUCAAGUUCUCCUCUGGGUGCGUGUUCCUCGCCGCAUGCGCCGCCGGCGAGAAAGAGGAGGUGCUCCUACUGCUCGAGAAGGGCGCCGAUAUCGACACAGCGAACGUCGACGGCCUCACAGCUCUGCACCAGGCAUGCAUCGACGACAACCUAGACAUGGUAGAGUUCCUAGUGGAGCACGGCUCGGACGUGAAUCGCGGCGAUAAUGAGGGCUGGACGCCGCUGCACGCGACCGUCAGCUGCGGCUUCGUCUCGAUUGCCAAGUAUCUCCUCGAACAUGGCGCUAAUGUUGCCGCUGUCAACUGUGACGGCGAGCUGGCGCUGGACAUUGCCGAAAACGAGGAGAUGGAGGAUCUCAUUCAGCAGGAAAUUGAGGAACGAGGUGUGGAUUGUGAGGAGGCGCGCAACGAAGAAAAGAGACUGAUGCUGCGGGACGCAAAGGAGUGGCUCGCGACGGGUAACAAAUGUGUAGAUAUAGAAAGCCCAAAAACGGGUGCCACCCCGCUGCAUGUCGCCUCCGCCAAAGGAUAUCUUGAUGUAAUGAAGAUACUCUUGCAAAUCGGCGCCGAUGUGGACAAACAAGACGUUGAUGGAUGGACGCCUCUGCAUGCGGCUGCGCAUUGGGGGCAGAAGGAGGCGGCACAAGUCCUAGUUGAAAAUUUCAGCGAUAUGGAUGCUAAGAAUUUUGUUGGGCAAACAUCUUCUGACGUUGCCGAUACAGAAAUGUAUCGCUUCCUAGAGGACCUGCGUAAUAAACAAAACAAGGAGGAGGUGAGCCGGCGACUGGCGAAGAAGAAGCUUGACUCGGACAAGAUUGCCGACAACGAAACGCCAAAGAAGAUCAAGCGGGAGCUGGACCUGCAGUCGGAAGACAAGCUGAACGCGUACAGCAUAGAAAUGGAGGUCUCGACUGAGAGCGAGACCGACUCGGACAGCGUCGACGAUAGCGAUACAGAAUCAGAGUCCACUAAUUCAGAUGAAAAGAAGAAUAGGGUAAAUUCGAAUAUGGACACUGUGCAUAUAAGUACCAAGGAUAAGGAUGACGAAGUGAAGAUGCCGCCCCCAUCGCCACCUAAACCUCUUGUUGAUGAGAACUCAGAUGAUAAUAAACCGUCAUGGCGACGGACCGUCCCAGGGCGACAGCCCAAGACAGAAACACCAAUUAAGAGUAGUAAUAGUUUUAAGAGUAAAGAAGUAACAAAUGAAAAUGAUGUUCAACUACGGCGAACGAACAGCUUCCAGAAUGAUCCUGAGUUCUACGCGCGAUAUAGGGCGCUGCGCGCACGCAUCCAGGCCAGUUCCUACCCUAACUACCACAACCCCACUUACAUCAUCCCGCCCCCAUCCCACCAGCGGCAACUCAGUGCUAAUAAUAAAGAAGAAAUUGGCGAUAGUAAUGAAUCUACGCCCUCGGCGACAGCGUCGCCUAAUAAGAAUGCCGCCACCUCGCCGACGUCCAGCCCUCUGCCCAACAGUCAACCCGUCCGAAGCGGUCUAAAAUUGCCGAUAAACGCUGCCAUUGCAACUGUGACGGCCGCCACCGGGGUGCAGGUGACCCCGACGACCAACGGCACCACCCCUCUCACACCCACAACGCCGCCAACGUCUAUGGCGCAGAACAAUCGGCUCACAAUGAUUAAGAACUUCUUUAAAUCAUUCGUACCUCCAGUUCGCGAUGAAGAGAGCGAAACGCAACGUAAGGCCCACGCGAAACGUGUCCGCGAGACGCGAAGAUCGACGCAAGGCGUCACGCUCGAAGAAAUCAAAUCGGCCGAGAAGCUCGUCAACAAGAAGAACCAGGCUACCAACAACAAUAAUAAUGAACAGUCUAACGGGGUGAGCGUGAGCGCGACGAUCACGACGGCGGUGCCCACCGUGCCGCAGUCGCCGACGCGAGAUGAUGAUGCCGCCUCCACACCCACGACUACCACGCAUGGUGUUGUUCAGCCGCCUUUGACACCGACACAGCAGCCGCUUCAACAGCCGCAGGUAGCUCAACAGGAGCGGAGGCCAUCGUGGAGGUUGCGCGUGGAUAAUGGUAGUAAGUUUAAAUUGGAGGACGCGAAUAAAGUGGAGCCGCCAGCGUCUUCACCGGCCGUGUCAACCACAACGACGACUACACCCGCCUUUGUGCGGCGACCGUCCAGCACGACCACCACCGCAUCAACCACCACAACCACUCCGGUGGUGCGGCCAUCAUCAGCGCCGGUUGUGGAAACCGCUGAUACCACUGUGACGCUGUCGUUGCGAAAACCGAAAUCAACAGAGGAGAAGAAUGCUGAUAGGGAGCAGGAUAAAGAGAACGAUGUGCGGAACGUGCAGGCGGCUACCUUGGCGACGCAAGCCGCUAUUCAAAGGCGAAGGAGGCCCAAGAGAAGGUCGACUGGUGUCGUCGCAUUUGACAAUAAUGAAGACUUUGAACCGGAAAAGGACAGUUCACCAACGGUUGAUAAUGAGGAUGCCAACAAACAAAAUCAUCAAGAGAGCGGUACAGAAAGGUCGAGCUCACGAAGUUCACGAUUAGGCAGCGCCAAUGACUUAAUAUUGCGCGGCGAGAACGGUGAGAUUGAUUAUAAGAAACUCUACGAGCAGGCGCUUUCAGAUAAUGACAGGCUUAAGGAUAAGCUGAGGAAGUCUGACGAAGACCUCAGGGAUACUAAAACUACACUAGAAAAGCUCAACACCAUUACAAGUAAAAAUUCACUCUCUGAAUUAGAAAAACGAGAAAGACGCGCAAUGGAGAGGAAGUUGAGUGAAAUGGAAGAGGAAUUGAAGCAAUUGCAAAAGCUAAAGGCAGAGAACGAACGCCUGCGGGCCGAAAACAGAGCUCUGACGCGCGUCGUCAGCAAGCUAAGCAACUCUGCCACGAAAUAGCAAAUGGACCUACUGAAGAAGGAAAACCUGCGGCUGAAAGAGGAGAACGGAGCGUUAAUCAGAGUUAUCAGCAAAUUAUCGAAGUCUUAAUUUUAUAUUGUACAGCAAAAUUACCUUUAUUGGCAUAUAAAUACUGUUACUGCUUUCGUUCGAGCCUGGAGACAUGCGGCCGCUCUAAGCGGCGCUGGGGCAAUGCGAUUGCAGAUUACGAUUAGUUGUAGCAACUCUUAAUAAGUAUUAUUUAAUUUAUUUUAUAAAACGGGAAGAUGUGAGAAGACGAUUGAAUAAAACUAGCAGGGGACGUUGCAUGUUUGACGAAAGUGCUGGUUCUGAAGCAAUUGAACUUGGUGAAACGUUUCAUUAACGAGAUAAUACAUUUUUUAUCUUGGUUUUAGAUAGGAGCAACUUUUAUCGGCAUUUUUCAGACACGUUUUGUUAUCAAAUUCGGCACAUAAUCAUCUAAUUAUCUGUUGUGCUUUAUUUGUGAUUGAUUUAUAUAUUUAUAUGAUAUUUUUGUGUAAUAUUAUCCUGGCGGUGACUAGGCAGCUGCUUUUUCUCUGCGCAUCUUUUGCAUGCCCGGUUCUGUGUCUUUAAUUCCUUUUUCCUUCGAAUAACUUUGUUUAGAAAAUCGCGAAUAUUAGCGACCGCGCUGAAUAAGCAUAGUAUAAACGUGAAACGAUUGUAAAACAAUAUAAAAAAAACGCAAACAUAUUUACAUUUAAUACGAAAACCAACAGGUAAUGAAAGAAAUAAUUAUAUGAUUAGAUUGUAAGUUGCAAAAAAGAGAACAAUAAGUUAUUUAUUAAGUAAUUUUAUUGUGACUUUACUUAGUUAGGCGAAGAAAUUUUAAUUGAAGCUGCAAACUUCUAUCAAUAAAUGAAUCUAUACUGCAAAACUUGCGAGAAAAGGAAUGCUGUGUAAUAUUAUUUGUGGCACUUGUUGCUAAAUGAAAAAAAAAAACAACGGCAACAAGGUUGCCAUUCGUUUUAUUUUUGUGAAAAGUUGCGUAUUGCAUAACGAAAGAAACAAGAUUGAAGUAUGUAUGUAUUUAAAUACGUUUCAUUCUAUGAUUAUACUUAUCUAACACUGUGUUGUGAUUCAAUUAGUUAUAGUUAUAGUUAAUUUCAUUAUUAAUACGGCAUAUAAAUGUAUAUUUAAUAAUUUAAGAGUUGUACUAGAGCUCGUAAUUUUAGUAUUCUUCUGUUACUUCUCUCUUACAUCUCCUUUAUGUUUUCAAUUGUUUUACUUUAUAUUUUGUUUCUGUUUACAUGACAAAAAUAUCAAAAUACAUAUAUACAAUUCCGCAUACAUGAUUUUGCAAAACGAAGCAACUGUCUACUGAAACUAGAAGGGUUUUUUUGAUAUAAUGUUGAAUUUAUCGUUAUAUAAAGACAAGACAUGCAUCCAUC